UGAGAAAGGGGUUACUCAUCUUUGCCCUGAACACCAACUGAAGGAAAAUCAACACGCAGCCAGAGGAACUGCUCAUCACAGAUCCAGGAUGUGGAUUAAAUAUUAACCAGGGUGUAUUUAGACUUUUCCAGGUUAUCUACAAUUGAGAUCGGAUACAAUCCAGCACCACCGGUUGAACAUAUCUGAAUACACAAGCUUGCAAUAACUACGUGUUCAAGUUCCUCCAGCUGUCCGUCAUCACGCGACUAUCCCGGACAUGCGAUGCCUCCACACCUAUGUAGUGACCCGAGUUCAGGCUCGAGGAUGCAGGCCGUCACAUACCAUCACAUCAGCAGCUCACACCAGAAGGUAUUCGAGCAGGGGGCGGUGUGUACUUCUCUACGUGGUCAGCUGAGUAUUAGUCACAAAAGAUCACUCUGGAUCCCAUGAUCUAUGAAGAAUUCAUUAUCGGGGCCGCCACGUCUUCCAACAGACUUUAUAAUGAUAUCAUGUGGUGUCUGGAUCUCAGCCGUUCUGUCACAACAAUGACAAGUCAAAUUUCACACCGCCAGGAGUGUUUGCUUUUGCUGUGGGACAUGAAGGUCUCCAUGUCCACGGCCGUGAGCAUCUUCAGGUGAUGGGAGCAGACCAAGCUGUCUUUGCCUACAAGGGUGAAGAGGCCAUCCUGAACUGUUCUCUAGAUGGACGAGUACCAGCCAGUAAGAUAGAAGAAGUGAGCUGGAAAAGGACAGACGGAGACCGAAAUGUCCUUGUCCUGCUUUAUCAAAAUAAUGUUACCAUCCCCGAGUCCUCACAUGAGAGUUACUGGGAUAGAGUUGAGCUCUUUUCUUCUGAAAUCUCCAAAGGGAACUUUUCCCUAAAGCUGAUGGAUGUACAGAUGGAAGAUAAAGGAGAAUUCAUAUGUGAGGUCCAUGCUAUGAACACGUCAGCACGUACCACUGUGGUUCUGGCUGGUGUAGGUUUCACCGCACCCCAUGUAUCAAUAUUGGUCCUGUCUGCUAUUGCACUGUCACUUGCAGUGGGAUUUUGUGCUCGUGUUUUGAACCUGCUCAGAAAGAAAGAUACUAGCACAACAGGCAUGAAAACAGAUGUUUUUCUGAUCCUCUGUCCGAACAUCUGCAUGUUUGUUGCUUUCUGCUUGUGGUCAACAGAAGGGUUUGCCUCUGAGGUCAUUGCUUGUUCAGCUGUCAGUAUCUUGAGGCCUGUCAUGCUGCUGAAGACAUCUCCAUAUCUCGACAAAUUACCAAAUGAGUCCUUACAAAAAGCAGUGAAGGCUUUGGCUGUUCCAUUUUACCAUUCAACUAUAACAAUGGCUGUAUGUUCAGUAUUUUUUGAGAAAAUUGCCGGGAUACAGAGACCCGCAGGACACUCUGUAACAGUACUGAUAGUCUUUGCAGUGGUGACUUUCAUCAGUGCUGUUGUAUUAGCUGUCUAUGGUCUCCGGGUCCAUCUGACUGUGUGUCUAGAAAUAUUCAAUGGGGUUCUGUUUGGACUUCUACUCAGUAAAAAUAGAGACCCUUACGUCUCCAUCAGUGAGCUCAUUUGUGUAUUAGCCCCUCCGGCCGUGGUGAUGAUGAUGGUGCUCUCUCUACAACGGCACGUUUUCGAAGGAAAACCUUUUGGUGUGGAAAUUGCUCUGUCAUCUAUCAUUGUGACAAUAUACAGCCUGGGUGUAAUUAGCAUUUUUAUUCUUUUCGCUUAUACAUUCCAAGAAUUUGUUAAAAGAGGAUGGAUGAUUCUGUUUGAAGGUGUAAUGUUUAUAUUUGUAUGGUUGGUAUUGAUUUGUUUAUUGCGUUGCUACCAAAGACCGAGACAAGAACGCAGCUCACACUGGAGGAAAAAAGGAUAUUUAUUCUGCGGGGUCAUUGUUGCGUUUCUAAUCACCGUGCAUGGCAUAGUGUACUUUAGUUGUAUAUACAUCAUGACGGAACACAAAGAGCGUGCUGGAUAUCUGGCUCUCACGCCACUGAUCCACGUUUUGGCGGCGGCGUGUUUGUUCAAACAUCCGAAACGUUUACCUGGUUAUUUUCAAACUAUGGUCUACAUGUUUGGAGCUGUAGGCCUCAGUACUGUAAAUGCAAUCGCUCUCACCACAGAACUGAUCCUGAAAGCAGGGAACGGAGCACGGACUAUCGGAGAUCUACGAGUGAUUGUUUUAUCUCUGGAGACGGUGUUUAUUUCUGCUUGGCUCGCUUUGCAAACCUACAACGCCUGGAUGAGACUGAGAGACAGGCGGUUCUGAAGAUAGGAAAGUAACAGCGCCUGAGGUAUGAACCAUGAAAUGUCAUUUGUUUGCAUUCAGAAGUCGGUUGAUUUUGAUUUCAUUUGAUUUAACUGGAAAUGGUUUGUGUCGAGUCAAAUGUAUUUAUUGUCUUGCCUUGUGUAACAACAACAAUUCUGAAUAAGUCUUGCAUUUUAGGCUCAUUUAUCAUUUUUGAUGCCCACGGAUAACGUGCCAAUGUUUAUUUAGCUAGCUAUUUUUUUUAUUAUUAUUAUGAUAAAAAAUAGCCAGACCAUUCAGAGGUUUUUCCUGAGAUGAAGGGUCUUUCAGCCGAGCCUUCCUGACUCGACCCCCCCAUAGCGAAUCAGGUUUAUCGUCAAAAAUGGACAAGCUUUCAGCAGUUCGCGACGGACAAAUCGAACAAAAGCGACUGAAAUAAUUCAACACGACGAACGCUUCGAGCGGUUUCUGCAAGUUCAACUGAAAAUGCAACUUAUAAUGAUUUCUCCAGUUUCAGGCAUCUUUAGUACUUAGUAGAGCACACUUUGGCUGUUAUGACCUGCUGUAAACGUCGUGCAGAGCUUCUGGCAAAGUUCCUGAGGAAUCUUACCCCAUUCCUUAUGAGCAGCUCAUGCACAAGGUGUUCUUGUGCUGGAACACAUGAAAUACCUGGACGGAGCAGACAAAGGAAGCCAUCGAUGGCUGCAAGCAGAUUUCUGAGAUUUCGGAGGUUGUGAAAAACCCUCGAGUAACUGACUGCAAAAGACCUGCAGCAAGACUAUACGAAUAUAAUACAUACAAAAUAUACAGCAGAUCACAAACGCUACCAGAUAUGUGCCUUGUGAAGAGACCGUUACCAAAUUCAAGUCUAUACAACAGAUCUUCACCAGUAAUCAGUGGACAACUGUAACAGAGACGUUUCUAAAUGUGUUUACAUUCGCCCUUCUUUGAGGACUGAUGGUUAAUUAGCAAAUGUUCCUCUGCUCUGUCUUAAUGAACAUGUUAGCAGUCUUUAAUGGUCUAGAAAUAAGGUAAUAUCAUUCGAUCGUAGUCGUUUAACCGACGCCAUUGUUUUGUUUUCUCUUUUCAAAUUGCUGCAAUUUGAUUGUUUUACAUAUCAAAUUUUUGAUUAGCCUAAUCACUCUAUAUGUUAACAUGCUUUAUUUUAAACCUGUAGAUCAUCUGCUUUCAUGCCCGCCAUCUCCUCCGCUUUCGUUUUCCUUUCGAAAGUGUCAUAAAGCAGAUUUAUGGACUUCAGACCCAGAAGCCAAUGUCUAUUAGGAAAAAAAAAAUUACUUCACACUGUUAUAAGGGUAUUGUUGUUGUUGUUAUUAUUACUGGUAAUUGUUUUAUUGUUAAUCAUACCCAUAUUUCUAAAGGGUACUGCUGUUUGCCACACUACAACAUGUUAAAUGCUUUACUUAAAUAAUUAAACGACUUGUCAUGUUCUAA